AUGACCUUCGAACCACUUAAAAACGACCUUAUUUUACGUGCAGCAAGAGGAGAACCAGUCGAAAGACCUCCAAUAUGGAUGAUGCGUCAAGCCGGAAGAUACUUGCCGGAAUAUCACAAAGUUAAGGGCAGCAGGGACUUCUUCGAGACAUGCAGAACACCAGAGAUCGUGUCGGAGCUCACAAUUCAGCCGGUCGAGCACUAUAAGGGCCUCAUCGAUGCUGCAAUCAUAUUUAAUGAUAUUUUGGUGAUACCUCAAGCAAUGGGGAUGGAUGUCAGAAUGGUGGACAAAGUUGGCCCGCAGUUUGUUCAGCCACUCCGGACCCCGGCUGAUCUACACAGAUUGGACUUUAAUUGCGAUGUUCGCAAGCAGUUAGGCUGGGCUUUUGAUGCAAUUACUCUCACGAGGAAGAAUUUGCACGGAAGAGUCCCACUUUUGGGAUUCUGCGGUGGCCCAUGGACUCUCAUGUGCUAUAUGAUCGAGGGUGGCGGUACCAAGAUGUUCCGAUUCGCCAAAGAGUGGAUUUUCCGCUGGCCAGAAGCUUCCAAACAGCUUCUCCAGGCAAUAACAGACGUUGCAGUGGAGUUCUUGGCUCUCCAGGUUAAAGCUGGUGCACAGAUGCUCCAGGUUUUCGAGAGUUGGGGUGGUCAGCUUGGCCCUGACGAGUUUAGUGAGUUCGCGCUUCCUUAUUUGAGACAGAUCGCACACAGAGUCCCUCAAAGGUUGUACGAGUUAGGAAUUGAAGAGGUUCCAAUGACUGUCUUUUCAAAGGGCUCCUGGUAUGCAUUGGAAGAGCUUUGUGACAGCGGAUUUGACGUUGUUUCCCUCGAUUGGCUCUACAAGCCCGAAGAUGCAGUCAGAAUUGCGAAUGGCCGUGUUUCCUUGCAGGGAAACAUAGACCCGGGUGUGUUGUACGGCUCAAAGGAGAUAAUCACCAAGAAAGUGCAGAGGAUGAUGCACGGAUUUGGAAAACAGAGGUACAUUGUCAAUUUAGGUCACGGAACACAGCCAUUUAUGGAUCCGGAGAAGAUUGGGUUCUUCUUAGAGGAAUGCAAACGCUUUGGGGAGAAGGAGUAG